AUGACUCAAGUAAAAAAAUUGCCAAGCAAACGUGUAGAAACUCAGAAAAAGAUGAAAUUAAUACAACGUGGAGAACAAAAGAUCAAAUUAGAUAUUCAUAGAGAACGUCCAAUUUUACCUCCCUUGCCUUUACCUUAUCCUCCGGCAACUCGUGUGGAAAAGAUUGUUGAAAAACUUAUAUCAAAACCAAAAUUAGCUAGAUUUCCUAAUGCAUUUAUUAUGUAUAGGAAUGAAUAUGUUCAAUUUUUGAAAGCCAGUGGUCUUAAUUUUCCAAUGACCGAAUUAUCCCCAAUGAUAUCUUAUUCUUGGAGACAAGAACCUCCUUGUGUAAAAGAUGCUUAUACUCAAAUUUCAAGUGAAGCUGAAAGAUUAUAUGUUCAAACAAUCUCAAUGCCAAAAGAUUCCAGCAACCAAAGUCAAGAAAAUUGUGAAUUACAAUCUUUACCUGAAAAUGAUCAAGAUACGGAUAAAUCAUGUUCUGAUAUUGAUCCUAUUUUACAUGACGAAAAUAAUUAUCAUGAUGGUUAUUUCUCUGAUUUUAAUUUUUUUGGUGUACCCUCUCCUUCGUAUUUUUUUGAACAAUGUGAAAAUAGUACAAAUUUACAAACUAAUAAUUCUCCUGAAUCCCCUUGGUUUCCUGAAAAUUAUGAUCAUUCUGCCAACAAUACAAACCAAUCUGUAGGACAAGGCGAUGAUGAUAAUGCAUUAAAGAAUCAAAUAAAUCAAGGACAGCAUAUAAUUUUUGAUUGUCAAUUCAUUGAUUGGACCAACAUAACCGAUUCCAGUUUACCAAUUUCAUCUUCACGUCGUAGUUCUGAAUCGAGUACAAAUUCAGAUUUGUCAUCUUGCGAUGUGAUUCAUUUAAUGAAUGUUUCAAAUUCUUCACAACAUGAAACAAACAUUUUACCAUCAAUUCAAGAAACUUCACCUCCUUACAUUAAUCAAAUCUUUCCUGAAAAUUUACCUUCAUCAAUAUUCGAAAAUUUGCAAAGGCAAUUUGAUGAUCAAACUUUCUUUACAUCUUCUUUGGAUACUGACUCUCUUUCCAGUCAACACGAUUCUAACCCACAAACCCCUGGAUCACCAUUUUCUUAUUCUUCAAUUAACGAUAAUAAACACGAACUUUCCGAAAUUACAAUUGACAUAUUUUCUGCGAUUGAUUGCGCUUUAUCGUUCAAAAACCAUGCGAAUAAUGAUUUUUAA